GGACUAUAUAAGCGCAACAGGAGACCCGCAGAUCUGCACCUCUCUCACCGCGGUCUGGGGAAACACAGCAGCACACAGACUAAUGAACACUCAAGUGCCUGUAAAGGUGAAAACCGUCUGAGGAUUCGCAACGGAGAGGAAAAUCAUCAACAAAUCCAGUAGGCGACAGCGCAUCACCCAGUGGGUUAAACCCAGAGGGAUCAUGUGGGUUCUGGAGAAGAUCCGGGACUCAGUUGAAACAAAUGUGCUCCGGCAGGGAGAGGCAGGUGACAAGGGGAAGGGGCCUGCCUAUAGCAAUGUCCUCACGCCUGAUAAGAUUCCAGAUUUCUUCAUCCCUCCAAAGCUGGUAAGCUGCCCACCAGAGACCGAAGCUUCUGACGUCAAGUCCAAAGAAAGUCUGAAACCCUCAACGUCUGAGCAAACCAUCAACAACAAGAAGAUCAGUAGCCCUCGUAGCCCACGAUUGGUCAGCAAGUUGGCAGGAGACACCAAGAACCUGCUUAGGGCGGCAAACCGCCACAUCAUUCAGAUCGAGAGUGCGGACGACGUUGUAGCUGGUGACACAAACGCCGACCCUCAAUCCCAGACCGCCAUGUCACUUCCUUACAUUCCAAAGACUCAGACUUCUUAUGGCUUUGCCACAUUGAUGGAGAGUCCCCACACCCGGCGGAAAGAAUCCCUGUUCCACUGUGACCACACCAGCCCAGUAACGUCACCCAACACUCAACGCAAGACCCAAAGCAAGAGCACCAACGAGGGGAAUCACCUCAACCCGCCGGACUUCAACACCUCGCACAUAAACCCCUACCGAUACUUUAGCGGUGGCGAGAGUGACACUUGCUCUUCGGCAGAGUCCUCCCCAUUUAGUUCACCUCUGCUCUCCCGUUCCGCCUCCCUACUCAAGAUCUUCACACAUGAGACACAGGCCAAGGUUGCAAAAGGCAAGCGGACAUUUGCCAGGCAUAGUUCCUUGUCCACAGACGAGUGCAGUUCGGCAGAGCCCAGCCCGAACGUUCCUAGACGGAGCCACUGUUCCUCCUUGCAAGGUGGUGGAGCUCUGGAGCAUCUUCACCACAAGGAGCACACCAUCAACAUGCACAAAGGAGGCACCGUCCGACUUUGUGCAGAUUACGACGCGGGUACGGCCCGCCUGCGAAUCCGAAUUCUGGCAGCCGAGGACCUGUAUGAUCCCAUGUUUGAUAUUAAGAGCAUCAACUGUUGCGUGUCGCUUUACCUCAAUCCAGGCAAGUUGCAGAAGCAGAGGAGCACGAUAAUCAAGAACAGCCGCAAUCCCAUCUUCAACGAGGACUUCUUUUUUGAUUCGGUGACUUCGGCUCAGGUUAAGAACCUAGCUUUGAAGAUCAAGGUUGUGAAUAAAGGCACUAGCCUGAAAAGAGACAUGCUGUUAGGUGAACGGGAGGUCCCUUUGUGCAAGCUCUUGUCUGGAUUUUAGGCCUUCAGAAUGGGACACUGGGACACUACAAAAGGGUAAAGGGUCAUCUGUAAUAUUUGCUUCUUUGUCUUUCAUGUCGCCUAACACUAUGUUAAAUAAGAGGCAAUCUAGAGGCAAGUUGUUAUAGAAAUCCAGACUCUCUAUUCGUUUUGGUGAAAUCGCAAAACAAAACGCCCACAAACGUGUCCCUGCUCUUGAUAUAUCACUGAUGAACAUCUUUGGUUUUAAUGAGAAAAAGGGUGGAUUAUGGCGCUUUUCCACUGCAUGGUACGGUUCGGUUCGGCACGGCACGCUUUGGCGCUUUUCCACUGCAUGGUACGGUACGGCUCGGCUCAGCUCAGUACGGCUCACUUGUGGCGCUUUUCACUGCAUGUUACAGUACGGCUCGGCUCAGUACGCCUCACUUGUGGCGCUUUUCCACUGCAUGGUACGGUACAGCUCACUUCGGCUCACUUUAAAUGGUACCUGGCCUGUUUAGGUUCCAAGCGUACCGUACCGGUACUAAAUGUGAUGUGAACACACUGCAGAUCACUGAUUGGUCAGACAGAAUCGUCACUACCAGCGUCAUUGUAUUUGCGACCAAUAGACAUCGAACCGAGAAACCGAACCCACUAGAUUUAAAUAGCCAGUUACAGCCACUGCUGUUAUCGAACAAUCUAUAAUCCCACCCACUUUAAAGCAGUACUAACUGCAGUGGAAAAGCAACCGAGCUAAAGCGAACCGAGCUGUGCCGUGUCGAGCCGAGUCGUACCACGCAGUGGAAAAGCGAAGCGAGCCGAACCGUACCGAGCCGUACCAGCAGUGGAAAAGCGCUAUUAGAAGCCAGAACUUGACACGCCAGACCAUUCUACCACUAGACUGUUAAUGCAUGAACAUCACCUGCAGACUAUGUAAAGAUUCUAUACGUGACAUAUAUUCACUCUAAAGACAAAAUAUAGGUGUAGUAUGAAGCGACCACAAUAAACAUUUCAUUAAAUUAAACUUAAUGUUAUUUUUUGUGCAUUUGUUAAUGUACAUUUCUGAUAUAUAGCCUUGUGUUAGCAACUAACCACCCCCCCCCCACCCCCCAAAAAAACGCCUGUCCCUCCGACUUUUUGAAACCAAGUUACACCAAUGAUAGAUCAAGGUAUUGCAACGCUAUUAGCAUAGCUUUGAAUGUUUGAAUGUUGCCUGUAAAUAUAAAAGAGUCUUUGACAAGAAACUAUGACAAAGUCUUUUUGUAUGUUGCCUUCCGUAUUUCGGUUGUUCUAGUCAUUUAGUCUAAUUAAAACCAAGCGUUUACCUUUUUGAUUGUAAAGACUUUUUUCAGCCGCGCAGUCCUUUGAAGCUACACAAUGGCCCUCUGUGCUAAUGUUAGCUUUGAUCCUUGAUGCAUCUGUUGUUUAAUUUGGAGGAUAAAUAACCAGACUGAACAAUCUUGCGUCACACUGCAUGUGUUUGCGUAAACUUGUAAAUGUGAUGACGUAUUCUUGCAACAGUGUGCAGAAUGUCAUUUGGUGAAACCCAGAAGCCUUACUAAAAGAGCGAUUUUUGCAUGUUUAGAUUUGCUCAAAUUGGAUCAUUGUUUGACUGAGUGUCAUUAUCUGUGAUACAAAUGAAGUGUGUUCUGGCUUGGACUCUUUGUCAAAAGCCUUUUAUAAAUCAUGGUCCAUAUGAAACACUUUCUUCGAAAGUCUUUCCAUGCACACUACUUACCCAGAGGAAAGUAUAAAGAUUGAAAUGCCAAUCUAUGCCACAUUCCAACAGCCACAAUUUUUAGGUGAAAUUCGAAUGGAAAGGAAAUGGGGGGUAUAUUUGCUGCAUGUUUCGUUAUGCAAAUGAGUUCUGUUUGGUGCUUUUUUCAACAAACAGAAACUGUAUGAAUAAAAUAAAAUAUGACACGGAUGGAUGGAUGGAUCCUUUUGGCUUGAGAUAUUAUUUUUUCCAGUAAAAUCUGGCAUUAUUGGGAAAAAAAAUAUGUUAUUGAAUGGAAUAUUUAGCCUUCUUUGAUGUUCCAUAAUACAUUAUACAAAUUUAAUUAGCAAUUAUUCCUUUCCUGGCUCCAUUUUUAUAGAUGAAGAGCAGAAAAGGCAUCUUUGAGGUAAUGAGCUGGCUAUUGCUCAUUAAAACGUUUUUUUUUAAAAACAUCACAAAUGGCCCCAUUGAUACUAACUAAUUGCUGGUUGGUUACACAAGCUAAGCAGGGAAGGGACAAGAAUGUUUCUAUAUUUAUGAUCUGUGGAUUGUGCAGUAAUUAUUGGAGUGCAUAAAGCAUAUACAGCUUUUCAUUUAUAUUCAGGUGUUUCAUCAAGUCUUUAAUAUCCUAAACCACUCGAAUGCUGGAGUCUUCCUGUUUUAACAGGUGUAUGAAAAAAGUGCCAAUCCUAUGUACUUGAUAUGGAAGUGAACUGUUCACUUGGUGUUCAGUGUGGAUCACGUCAACUCUGGUGUUUGUAACUUGUGUGCAUGGAUAAUAUUUUCACUGUGGUAAUCAAUCAAUGAUAUUUUUGUGAGUGAGUGUUUGAUGGAAAUUUCAGUGUACUUUUUCUGUACCUCUGCAUGGAUGUUCAACUGGUGUAUUUGAAUUUUAGAUGGACUAACAUUUUCAAGUCAUGAAAGAAAUAAUAAAAACUAAUGGGACA